CGCGAUGAAGCUGAGCCGGCAGCUGACGGUGUUCGGCAGCGCGAUCUUCUGCGUGGUGGUCUUCUCGCUCUACCUCAUGCUGGACCGCGGCCACCUGGACCGGCCCGACAGCCCGCGCCGCGAGGGCGCCUUCCCGCAGGUCCAGCUCUCAAUGUUGCAACAAAAAAUAGACCAUUUAGAGCGUUUGCUAGCUGAGAAUAAUGAGAUCAUCUCAAACAUUAGAGACUCAGUGAUCAAUUUGAGUGAGUCUGUGGAAGACAAUCCGAAAAGUUUGCAGGGCAACUUCAGUCAAGGGGCUGGUGCCCUACCUCUGCCAUCAAAGGAGAUGGGCCUCAUAGUGGACCCUGCAGAGUGCCUGUUUGCUACACAGAGCAAAAGUCAGAACCAAGAAGUGCAGAUGAUGAAUGUUUACAAUAUAAUUCCUUUUGACAAUCCAGAUGGCGGAGUUUGGAAGCAAGGAUUUGACAUUAGCUAUGAUGAAAAUGAAUGGAAGGACUCUCCCCUUCAAGUCUUUGUGGUGCCUCAUUCUCAUAAUGACCCAGAAAUGGAUUUCAAACAAGAGAAUCAAGAUUUUCAGCCACAGCAAAAAAUUAUAUCUCUAAAUGGCGAACCACGGCACCUCUGUGUUAUACAGUACCUGCCUGGGCAUCUUGUGGUCUUUAAUCCUUCAGAACAAGAACGAAAUUCGGUGGUGUCUAUCUCUGUGAGUUCCUCCAAGUUCCAAGUGUCUUCUAUGUCGGGAAGACCUGUGGAAACUCAAGUUAGUGCAGUUUGGGACAAAGCAAAUACUCCAUCAGAAGCAGCCUAUGAGGUUUCUUUUCUAGCAAAAUUACCACCAUUUGGUUUGAAAGUCUAUAAAAUUUUGGAAUCAACAAGUUCAAAUCCACAUUUAGCUGAAUAUGCCUUAUAUAAUAGUGCUAAUAUAAAAGAUACAGGAAUUUUCAGCAUAAAAAAUAUGAAAAGUGCUAAAGAAGAUAUCACUCUGGAGAACUCCUUUAUUAAACUUCGAUUUAACCAAUCCGGGCUUAUGGAGGAAAUGAUAAAUAAAGAAGAAGGCAAACAUCAUCAUGUAAGAGUACAAUUUUCAUGGUAUGGAACUACAAGUAAAAGAGACAAAAGUGGUGCCUACCUCUUCUUACCUGAUGGGGAAGCCAAGCCUUAUGAGUACCGAACACCACCCCUGGUCAGAGUGCAACAUGGAAGGAUUUUUUCAGACAUAACUUGCUUUUUUGAACAUAUCACACAUAGAGUUCGCCUGUACCACAUAAAGGGGAUAGAAGGACAGUCUGUGGAAAUAUCUAAUACUGUGGACAUUCGGAAGAAAUCUAACUAUGAGAUUGCAAUGAAAAUUUCUUCGGGCAUAAAUAGUCAAAACAGAUUUUAUACUGACCUAAAUGGAUACCAGAUUCAGCCUAGAAUGACAAUGAGCAAGUUGCCUCUUCAAGCAAAUGUAUAUCCAAUGACUACAAUGGCCUAUAUCCAGGAUGCAGAGCACCGCCUGACUCUGCACUCUGCUCAGUCCUUAGGUGUUUCGAGUUUGAUGAGUGGUCAGAUUGAAGUUAUCAUGGAUCGAAGACUCAUGCAAGAUGAUAACCGUGGCCUUGAACAGGGGGUCCUUGAUAACAAGAUUACAGAAAGUUUGUUUCGAAUUCUACUAGAAAAAAGAACUGCUGUGAAUAUGAAUGAAGAAAAGCAUCCAGUCAGUUAUCCUUCUCUACUAAGCCAUCUGACUAAUUUUUUCCUGAAUCAUCCCAUCUUUCCAAUGAUAGAGAAAAACUACAUGCCUACCCUUCAGCUGCUGGAAGGAUUCUUUCCGUUAAGCUCAUCUUUGCCUUGUGACAUUCACAUUGUUAAUCUGAGGACAAUACAGCCAAAGGUAGAUGGCCAGCACCCCGAUGAAGCAGCCUUGAUCCUGCAUAGGAAGGGGUUUGACUGCCACUUCUCUAGCAAAGACACAGGCCUAUUGUGUUCCACCUCCAAGGGAAAGAUCUUGGUCCAGACACUUUUUAGCAAGUUUACCGUUGAAAGUCUCAUACCUUCAUCAUUAUCCUUGAUGUAUUCACCUUCCGACGCCCGAAAUAUAAGUGAGAUCAGCUUGAAUCCCAUGGAAAUCAGCACAUUCCGAAUCCGGUUGAGGUGAACCCGGCUUUCACAUCUGGAUUGGGAAGCAUUGGCUUUAGAUACUUCUUGGUUUGACGUGCAAUAAGGAAGCACAUUAUUUUAGCUUCUGGCUACUGUGAUUAACAGGAAUUCUUUGGUUUCUUUUUGAACAGUAGUAAGGAAAACAAAACAAAAAGCCAUGCUAUAAGCCAGUUGUUCUUUUUCUUUUAAAGUUCCUCCAUGAACAACAACCAUCAGUAUGAAUUGAUGCAACAGAUGAAGAAAUGAAUAAAGACAACCAUUCAACAGAUUGUAUCUCAGGUUAAAUGCUAACUAAUUAUAUCUGUGUUGGAGGUUGUAAAGAGAUUAUUCUAAGUAGUCAUGUUGCUGAUCCUUCAUUGCUUUUUAAAAUAUCCCAUAUUUACUAAAACGAAAUGAAAAACUGGUAGAUAAUAAAUAGCUAAUGGCCAAAAUGAUUGCAAUCUUGCAUACACAUUAGAAAAAUGUAUGAGUUGAAAUACAUGGAAAAGUGCAAUCCAUCACCAUGAUGAUAGGCAUAGCUUAAUUUUUCUAUUAUACCACUUGCCCCUUCCUAUCCUUUGUAAGUAUUUCCAGAAAUAACAGAUUUU